GUCAGCAAGGAUGUCUUCAAGGCUUUGGGCUCUUAUAUGAGCAUGAAAAGGGAAUACGACAUUCUGACAGAAAUACGCAACGUUCUUUGGAGUGAGCUCGAGGUGCAGAGAGAUGCUGUUGAGCAUAAAGAUACUCUGGCCGCUAAGUUGACAGAUGACCUCACAACCAAGUUCGUUGUUGGGUACCUUGCUUUUCAACGUCAACCCAUACGUAGGUACUCGAACUUGGUUUUUGAUGACUUUGAGCCCGCUUAUGAUAAUGAGGAAGUGUCUAGAGCUGAAGGAGAGGCUGGGGAUUUAGCUCCCUCAGCUCCUGAGCUUGCUCCUGGAGGCACUAAAGUACCUCUUCCUAUUAUUGUUGAGGUCCUGGCCCAGGAGGUUUUCUCUGCUCUAGCUAUUUCUACAAUCCUUAUCCCUGAUCCUACUACUGGAGUUGCUGAUCUGCCCUUGCUCCUGUUGAUGCUUCUGCUAGUGUUGCCAUUUUCAGUGAUGUCCCUGCUAACCUCGGGGCUCUAG